AAUCUGGCUUACAUUUUAAUGCCACAAUUCCGAUAACCUAUCUACACUGUCGUACGAUUUGGGGUUGAAAAUUGUAACUAAACUACAUCUGCUUCUAGAAAUACAGAAUAUCAGAAUUUGUCAAAGAUUUAGUUAGAAAUGGCUUCUGAACAACCUAAGUCUGUGUUGAAACAUCCAUAUCUACCCAAGGAUCUUAAAUUACCACUUUAUAUAUCUAAUGUUAAAAGUACCACUGAAAUUCUAGCAAUACUUGCUGUAGCAGCCGGUUUCUUAGUUAUAUUUGCAUGGUAUCUCUCUGGUCUAAAACUAAGACAACAAAAGUUCUGUUUCAAGCGUCGAAUGGUGCUCUGUUGGUUUUUUUUAUGUGCCUUUAUCCAUAUGGUGCUGGAGGGAUACUUUGCAAUUUAUCAUGCAACACUUGCAGGCCAUACUUCAAUACUUGGAGAAAUGUGGAAAGAAUACAGUAAAUGUGAUAGCCGCUACAUUAGCUCUGACACAUUUACAGUUUGCAUGGAAACAAUAACAGCUGCUAUUGAUGGACCCCUUGCUUUAAUUACUUUUUUGGCCUUUAUCUAUGGCAGUAACUACCGGUAUGGCUUCCAGCUGAUGUUAUCACUUUUCCAGUUGUAUGGUGAUGUCCUGUAUUUUUCAACUGAAUGGAAGGAUGGAUUUGUUCAUGGCCACACAGAUGAUCCUUUGUUCUUUUAUUUCUACUUUCUGUUCCUGAAUUCUUUGUGGAUUAUCAUUCCAACCUUUUUAGUCAUUGAUGCCCUGAGGCAUAUAGCUUCUUGCCAGAAAGUCUCAGACUUCUAUAUAGACACCUAUAACAGAAAGAUGGCAAAAAGAAAUGUCUCCUAUUACACAAACCAUCAUGAUAAAUCAAAGUAAAAUGUAUUUACUUUGUUAGCAUUAAUAUUUUAAAUGACCUUUUCAUUUCUAUAUUUGUACAGUACACAUCAUUAACUGUAUUUUAAAAUUUUGAUCAAGUCAACAUACAUUUGGACACUCAAUAAUAUCUUAUGGUUUUAUUAAACCCAUUGAUUGUUGCUAAGUAAUAUUAUUAAAUUUAUAUUUCUUGUGUGCACAUAGUUAUAUGCUAUUCAAUAUCAAUAGGGAGUUAAAUUUUACAAAAAAAAUAAAUUGUUUACAUGUUUUUUUUUUUUUUGUUGUUUUUUUCAAUAGAUUUAUAAAAAACUAAAUUAUUGCAAAAAAAAAAUUAAUCUUAUUUUUUAAGUAGUUAAAAUAUUUAUGUUAUGGUUAAAAAAUGCAUUUUUGUCCUGUUUUGUUUUAAUGUUCAAAAGGCAGCAUUUUCAAAAUAAGUGUAGAAGACAUCAGCUGCAGGUUGUAGCAAUUUGUCCUAUCACAUGUUACAAUACAUCUUGUACAAAUGGCAACCAUCUAUUUUGUUCUAGGAAUUACCUCUGCAUGCUUGUCUAGUGAUCUGUAAAGGAAAUGUUUGCAGGGUUUUUGUCUGUGUUUUUUAGGAAUGUUGUAUUCUCAAAAGUUUUGUUUUAUUAAUAUAAUAACUUAAAAUUAACAAAAAAGGCUUUUAUUUUGCAUGCUUUGGACAUCACUGUCUUAUAUUUAGUUAUUUAAUCUAGUAUACUAUGCAUAUUGCAGACAAAAAAAAAUAUGUUUUGUAUAUAACCACAUAUUAAUUUAAUUUCGACAGUUUUUAAAAAAGGAUAUGUUUGGUUUUCUUGACUUAUAUUUAUUGUUCCACCAUUCUAUCAGUGGGAAUAUGUUUGAUAGUUUGGUGGCCUGGUUUCAUUUUUUCUCCUAACAUAACAGUUAUAUAGACCCAAUUCUGUAAACUGCUGUUUUUAUUCUGGAUUUCACUAAAAAUUAUCUAUCUAGGGGUAUCUAUAGAUUCUUUUUGAAGAAUCUGUGCCCCAUUCCCAUCCGAAAAAACAAAACUGCUUUUGAUCUUAUUUUCUUUCAGCUUAGAAAUAUAAUCAUUUUGCACACAUGUACACAUAUUGUCAUAUACAUAUCCAUUAAAAAGGUACUGAUCUUUAGUAUUCUAGUGUGCUAUACUUGAAUACCGUACUACAUAAAAUCUAAUGACUGACUCUCUUAAUAAAGAUAUUUUUACUGGUACAGUUCAUGUUUGAUGUUUUCACUAAUUUAUCAAAAAGAAUUUCAAAUGAGCCUCGUAUGUUGUGAAAUAGCAUCAUAAAGUUUAUAAAAGCUUAUGACAAGGCAUUUAAAAUGUUUAUAACUGUUUCAGAGCUUCUUUGUACAUGGUAUUAUUUUAUCCCUUCUGUUUUUUUGCCUAAAAACUAUUAAUUCUGAGAACAAUUUGGACUUGAUCAAUUAAAAGAAAAGUAAUCAAUUGAUAUUGUAUUUAAUACACAUAAAACAGAGCCCUUACUUUUGCUGGAAGGAAAACCUGCAUUGCAUUUUGAAGUGUGGGUUAGUGGAAGGGAGAAAUGAACUACUUUUUAUAAUGCAUUAGAUUCACCAGCAUCCAGCCCAUGUGUAGGCUUGCACACACAAGUCAUGUAUAAUAGCCUUCAACAAAGCCACACAGGUUUUACAUUCCCACCUAGAAUAUUAUAUAUGGCAAACAUUGUAUCUAUCUAAAUCACUUGUGCAUAGAUGUAGUGCUUACUGCUGCUUGGUACUGCUCAGUGAUUUCCUCCAGUGGAUUCAGUUGUUCAUCUUCAUGUCAACACUAAAUAGCAAACAUACAUUUCAGCCAAAUGACUUGAUUAUGGUUUCAGUAACAUGACUUAAGGAUAAAAAAAAAUGUACCGCCCAAAGUUAUCUUCAUGUGUGUUCAUAUGUACAAGAUUGACUUAUGUUCUGUAUUUGAUGUGUUUUAAGAUCUUGUAUUUUUUUUGUAUCCAUGUAUGUUUGAGACUUUUUUCGUGUCUUCAUAGAUGUUUCAUCUUCUUCGUUUGUUUUUGUAAUUUAAAAAACAACUACAAUUAUUUGAUUGUUUCUUUGAUCUAUUUUUCUAAAUCUUCGUUAGCAAUAUUUGGGUUAAACAUGAUACCUGGUAUCAAAAAUUACUUAGACAUUGAAGCAGUAUUGUAAAUAAGUUGUUUUAAAAAAAGUUUUCUUUAAAUGUCCUGAUUCAGAACAAAGUCUUAUGGUUUUAAUCAACUUGAAAUACUUACUACAAUAAAACAUCCCCAAUCCAUGACAAUGUUA